CCACCAUAUCUCUUUCUCUCGUCCUCCUCUCUGUAAUUUUUAUUUUGGAAAUGGUUCUUCCGUUUCUGUCUUCCUCUCUCCUUCUUCGUCUCUCUUCUCCGAUCAUGUCCCCUGAUCCCAUCACCUCCUUCUUCUUCUUAUUCUCUCUUUCUCAUUAAAUUGUUUACCUUUUUUACCGUAGCAAUUCAGAUCGAUCGCCCCAAUAUUUUUAACUAAUUUUUUACACAGAAGAAGAUUUUAUAAUAAUAAUAAUAAAAAAACCCCUACCUACCUGCCUAAAAAAGAUAUGUCUAUGGAGAGUUCAUUAGGUUUCAUGGCGGUGUUCGCCGUCUCAGGAAGCGUUGUCUUCUUAGCGAGUCAAUUUCACAAGCGUCUUCUCUCCGAUUACAUGGACAAGUUCGAUUUCGAAAUCCGAUCGAAGAAAAAUGUGGUGAUGAAGAAGAAGGUGAGAUUCGCGGCGGAUGUGGUUGAGCCUUCGGGGAAUAACAAAGAGUAUCGCCGGAGACACUCUUCCAAAUCCAAAUCGUCCAAUGCCAAGAUGGCGGCAACUAUUUGAUCUUCCAAAGGUUUUUGUUUUUUUUUUUGUACAAUUAUUAUGUAAAUUAUUCAUUUUGGGGGUUUUUGUGAUUUGAAAAAAAAAAACUCGUUAUUUAAUUUUCGGAUUUUUAUUUUUAUAUUUUCUCAUAUAUGAAUCUGAAUCUGGGGAAAAAAAACCUUCAUCAAAGUCUUCUUCCCCAGGGGGUCAAUUCUUUUUCUAAAUUUUUAAUUUUCUUGAGGGGUUUCUUACUUGUAAAUAAUUGUUUUGUGUAAAUACAUAUUGGUGAUUCCUAAUUUACAUAUUUUUGUUCUUAAAUCAUUUGUUCUUUUGAUUUUAGCCUAAUCCUUAAUUAAAGGGUUUACCAUUCAAUACAACACUGUAUCUGUAUGGAAUAUGUUGUGCUGGCUCUUCUUUAAUUACAACUUUUUCCAUUAU